AACCCAAGGGUGAGGUGAUAUCUGUAUUGUUCCGAUACACUAUACAUCAAUAUCUUCAUCAUCUUCAUCAUCAUCACCAUCAGCAGCCAUGCUCGCUCGUUCUCUUCUACUGAUCCUUCUGGUUCUUGCCUGCCGUCAGUACAUCGCAAUGGCCCAGAGUGCAAAAGGACCAGAGGACUGUUGUUUUAGGUUCUUCACGAAACCGAUACCUAUAAGAGCCAUUAAAACGUACGUUAAUACGAGCACAGACUGUCCGAAAAAUGGAAUCAUUUUUACUACCCAGAAUUCCAGCCGUGUGUGCGCAGACCCAGGCUUUAAGUGGGUGCAGCGGGCCAUUGAACUACUUGACCAGCGCCUGUACGAGAGCUCAAACUAAACCCAGCCAAGCUGUUAAAUCCCAUAUAUCCAUUAAGCCAAAGAUUUAAAUAUUCCAUUCUAACUAAAUAAAGCAUUUUAAUGGGAUAAAGCUUUUUUGUUAUAUAUCACCUGCUAAAAUAAGCUUGCAAAAAUGAUUGAAAUAUAAUGAAAAAAUAUUCAUUUUUUGUGACUGAUACAUUUUAUACAUUUUAUCAUCCAUUGUUGCUUUUUUACUUUUUU